CGGUGGAAUCCGUGGGCGGGCCAGCGGUGCCAAUGCUUGGCCCUCUUUUCCGGUAUGUAUUUUCGGCGCUCUUCACUCUAGCUAGCGUUUUAAACUCAUUCCCGAGCGAGUACUGGAACUGUUAGUGGAGGGAUUUUCCCCCCCUUUUUUUUUCUUUGCCCAUCUGGGGGAGAAGUUUGGCGGCUUGCGUUGUUGCGUGGUCCUUUUUAGCUUUUCAUCCGGUCCAUGCCAUUCAUUCAAGCGUUGGAAGAGAUGAAAAUGGAGAGAAUUCUUCUCUCUCUCUCGCAUUUUUUAUGCGUUCUUUUCUCAUUUUUUUGCUUUUGUUUUGUUUUCGCUUAUUUUUUGAGAGAGAGAGCGCUUUGGUGGUGGUCGUAUCUUCUGUGAGCGAGUGAUCCUUUGGCAAAGUUUUUUUGAGAUUCUCUGCGAAUUUUCCUUUUCUUGUUUGUUUCCAUCUCCUUGGGAUCACUUCCUCCGGCAUUAUCGGUUUUUGCAAACACUCGCUUUCCCCCUUGGCCAGCCGGCAACAGUGUGCUUUAAGUUCUAACUCGCGUGUCCUUGGGUACUGUAAGAGACAAGCGCAGCGCCUCUAUCCCUGCCAAAGAAAAAGAGAGGGAAAAAAAAAAAAGAAAUGGAGAGAGAGAGAGAAGAGAACACUACUGUGCAAGCAAGCGAUCGCUCGCUGCUGACCACCCCUGGAUUGAAUUCUUUGUGGUCCUUUCAGUGACUCAUCGAGCUGUGCAACUCUGUCUGCCAUAGCCAGUUUGUGUUUUUAAAGGUUAUUUUUUUUCCUCUUCCUGGCUGUGAAAGGGAGUGUUUUUUUUUCUCCCCUCUCCUCGUUCUUUCGUCUUCACCACGGGCAUUAUAGGUGUACGCAGCUUCUGGUCAUUUCCGGCUCCUCCGCGGCAUUAGAAUACGCGAGAGAGAUAAAAAGUAUAAGGAGGAGGUCCCCUUCUUAAUGCUUUGCGGGUUUCAGUCACGCAAUUGGAAGCUAGAGUUGCCGCCUCGUUGCUUCCUUGCUUCCUGUUCGUUUGGUUCGUUCGUCCCCCCCAGGCAUUGAUCUUUCUCUUUAUCCUUUGUUUUCUUUUCUUCUUCUCUGUGCCAUUGCAUUCCUCCCGGCAUAGCUUUUGCUAACUCAACGCGUAUGUCUGUCGAUUCAGUCGGUCUGAUCUAGUUGUUAUAAGAUCCUUGCGAGUUGUUCUGCACUCAUUUUCAUCCCAGGGAAACGUGUUGGUGUUUCGAGCCGCUGCGGCUGCGGCUGCUGCUGCUGUACUCUUGCUCGUGCGUCUAUAGCUUGUGUUACGCUGUUCCAGUCCACCUUUGAGUUUUUUUUCUUUCUUUUUUGAUCCUGUUAUUUUUUUUCUCUCUUUUUUAUAACUUAAGCUUAGUGUAUAGUAUAGUAUUGCAUCUGCACAUCACUGCACUGGUGCUCUCUUUUUCCUCCAUUGCUUUUGUUCAGGGCUGUGCCUGUGCUUCUUUUCGUGUACUUGGGGAACUGCCAGAUACGCAAAAACAGCCUUCCUUUUGCUCUCUCUGUGUGUGCUGCUGCUGCUGCCCAGGACCAGCACAGGUGCAUUGCUCGCUCCAUCAGGUUUUUCCUCUCCUCCUCUUGCCCUUUGCUAAGUAUGCUGGUGUGUUUAGGAGGAGUGGGCCCUUUGUGCUGCUAUGCUUCCAUUGUUGGGCUUCUUGUUUUCUUGCCAGGUGAUUCCAACUCACUGUUUCUCUUUGUACUGGCUGGCUAGACUCUUGAUUUAUGAGCGGCUCUAGACUCUCCCUCUUUUCUCACUCGCAACUGCUCGACCAGGCUCGGGUGCUCUUUUGCGACAUUUCUUCAAGCCUCUCUUUAUCCUUUGCAGCUUUCUCCUGCUGCCCGUGUGAAAAUUUCAAUCAAACGACCCUACUUUCGCUCUAUACCUCUCGCUUCGCUGCCCCUCUGUGUUAGAUUACACAAUUGCUCCAAGUUAUCCAGUUGAGCGUUAUUGUUGUCUCUUGGAAUGAUGGUAGAAUGGUGUUUGAGGACUGAAAAUCGAGCAGGAGAUAUCACACAAUGGCUCGUGCUCGUUCUUCCGGCCUUCCAAUCACUGGAUGUCAUCGUUGUCUCCUAAGCUAGCUACUGAAGGCCUACAUUCCGAGAAUUCUAUCGAUUACAACGCGUGCGUGAUACAUGGCUGCUGUACCACACGUAUCGUCUGCCGAGUCCCUAUUCCAUGAGGGCAUGGACGUCUCGCAUCCUCAAGCACUGCCUCGAGUCGUCACCACCGCUCAGCAGCACGGCUUCUCCACGCCUAUGUCCCUUGAUUUCCACGACAAGUUUACUUUGGAGAGAUCACUUCCAAGCUACGCCUCGUCGAGCUUUCAGCUGGUCGGACAGUCUUCCUCUUCUUGGGAGCCGCAGCAGCAGAAUGCCGACACACACUUCUUCACGUCCAGCGGCAAUGCAGCAGCACAGGUGUUGAGUAUACACUCCUCGCAUCAUCUCACCGGAGGAGAACAGCAUGAAAUUCUCGUCGACUGGCAGCAAAUGGGAGAUUUUGCGUCGUCCCUUGGGAGUGGAGGCUCUGGUUUAACUCCCUCGAGCACUACUACAACUGCUACUACAGCUCAAGGAGCGGCAUUGUCCGAUGGAACCAUGGUGGAGCUAAUUGGACGGAUAGGGGGGUGUCUCUCCACCAGUGCGAGCACAAACUCUUCAAUGAGAUCGAGUCCUCAUCUCCUGGCGUCCGAGGCGAAAAGUGGAUGGAAUUCUCCAGUGGAGGCGGCAAGUCAGCAUCACGGGACUCAUGGUUUCAUUUCGUUUGGGAACGGUAACGCCGCCGCUGCUGCUACUGCUUCUCACUUAAGUCAAGCCGUCUUUGCGUUGGUUGACGAGAACAAAGAUCACAUCAGAUCUGGUGUUGCGAUCCCACUUUGCCAGGCUGAUGCAAGUAAGUUGCCAGUUGUUGAGACGAAAGUUGAGGCAUCUGUGGAUGACACCAGUGGGGCCAAGAGCGCGCAAGAAACAAGUCAGGCGUCGAUUGUCAAGGAAUCCACCGGAAGGAAGCGGAGGACAUUGUCCGAGGACAAGCUCAAAGACGGUUCUUCGUGUGUGACCAGCAGCGGUAUCAAGGAUGGAGAGCAAGUUAAAGGCAAGCGACAGAGGAAUCCAAACGCGAAGGAAGAGUCAAAACAGCAUGGUAAUGGUAAAGCCGAUCGAAGCAGCAGUGACAACUCUGGAAGCACAAGCCCCAAGUCAGUCAAGGAGAACACAAAACCACCCGAGCCUCCCAAGGACUACAUUCAUGUGAGAGCUCGAAGGGGACAAGCAACCGAUAGUCAUAGCCUCGCUGAAAGGGUUCGAAGGGAGAAAAUCAGCGAGCGUAUGAAGUUCUUGCAGGAUCUAGUACCCGGAUGUAACAAAGUUACUGGAAAAGCCGUGAUGCUUGAUGAAAUCAUUAACUACGUCCAGUCGCUCCAGCGUCAAGUUGAGUUCCUGUCAAUGAAGCUGGCAGCCGUGAACCCCCGCCUGGAGUUCAACGUCGAAAGUCUACUAGGAAAAGAGGUGCCGCAUGGACGGGCCUCUCCAACAAAUUUUGUCCUGGGGCCCCAAAGCUAUUCGCAGCAGCUGCAUCAAGCACAACACAGUGCCUUGCAACUUGCCGGUUUCGACUUGAGAACACUGACCGGUUUACAAGAAGUUGCUAUGCGAAGAGGAGCUUUCCCGUGCCUCGAUCCAUACAGUGAUCCCGCCUCACAGACAUCAAGUGUUUGGGAUGGGGAGCUACAGAACAUCGUUCACAUGAUGGGCUUUGUGGAGAAUGGUCCUUGAAGAUUAUUUCUUGCAAUUAUUUUGUUCGUACCGCUGCUAACCAGACUAGAGAAGAGAAGAUUACUCACAACACCAGCGAGGAAGGGAGGUAUUUUAUGUAUCUACUUGCGACAAUAAGCUCAGCGCUAUACAUAAGAAUUUGGACAAGCCGAGUGCUGCGACCGGGAUGGAUCAACGCGAAUUGCCUCAAAGGAGAAGAAAAGUUGAGCCAUUUCGGUGCCAGUGUACACUUGAAACUACAUAGCUUCUUUGUUGCGGCCUGGCGUCCUUGUAUUAUAUUAUAUAUAUAUGAUUAAAAUAUUAAUGUAUUUA